UUUCCCCAGCCAGGAGCUCAAUUCUGCUUUGUCCACAUUCCUGGAAAGAACCCGAGCUCAAAGAACGGACUUUGCAAAGCUUUCUAUCCUACCCCACAAUAUCUGGAACAGGAUCAGGUAAGACAGAGGACCACUAUGCAGUGCCUGGGGAAAGGCCGAGUUCUCUGGGGCAUCUUCAAAUCCAACCACAGCCUCAAUCUUGCCCCUCAGCAAUUGCACCACCAGCAUGUAUCAGGAGUUGGAGCUUCAAGGUGGAAUGACCAGGAAAAACCUGAAGGAUUUAACUUUGCAAGCCACGUGCUAGACUACUGGGCUCAAAUGGAGAAGGAAGGCAAGAGAGGUCCAGAACCCGCCCUCUGGUGGGUGAAUGGCCAAGGCAAUGAAAUAAAGUGGAGCUUCAGAGAGAUGUCAGACUUAACUCAACGUACAGCCAACAUCCUCAUGCAGAACUGUGGCCUGCAGCAGGGUGACCAUCUGGCCUUGGUGCUACCUCGAGUACCUGAGUGGUGGCUAGUGACCAUGGGCUGUAUCCGAACAGGGGUCAUCUUCAUGCCUGGGACCAGCCAGCUGAAAGCCAAGGACAUUCACUACCGACUCCAAGAGUCUAAAGCCAAAGCCAUCGUAACAACAGAGACCCUUGCCCCAGAGGUGGAUUCUAUAGCUUCUGAGUGCCCUGCUCUGAAAUCCAAGAUCCUGGUGUCAGACCAAGGCCGUGAAGGGUGGCUGGACUUCCGGUCUCUGAUUAAAUCAGCAUCCCCAGAACAUACCUGUGUCAGGUCAAAGGUAGAAGAUCCCAUGGUCAUCUUCUUCACCAGCGGCACCACAGGCCUCCCCAAGAUGGUGAAGCACAAUCAAGGACUUGCCUUGCGAUCCUACCUCCCUUCGUGCAGGAAAUUAUUUCAGUUGAGGACGACGGAUGUCUUAUGGUGCAUGUCAGACCCAGGCUGGAUUCUGGCUACCGUUGGAUGCCUACUGGAACCAUGGACAGCGGGGUCUACGGUCUUCAUCCACCACCUGCCUCAAUUUGAUCCCCAGGUCAUUAUACAGACACUAUUCAAAUAUCCUGUCACUCAAUGCCUUGCUGCACCCGCUGUGUACCGAAUGAUUCUUCAGCAGAAAGAAGCCAACCUCAAGUUUCCAACCCUGGAGCACUGCUCUACCGGUGGAGAGACCCUGUUGCCUGAGGAGCAGGAGCAGUGGAAGAGCCGCACCGGCCUUCUGCUGCAUGAGAUCUACGGGCAGUCGGAAACGGGCAUCGCCUGUGGCGUUUCCCGGGGAAUGAAGACCAAGCUGGGUUCCAUGGGGAAAGCCAUCGCACCCUUUGAAGUCCAGAUCAUCGAUGACAAGGGCAAUGUCCUGCCUCCCGACACCGAAGGAUACAUCGGCAUCAGGACAAAGCCUGUCAAGCCCGUGGGCAUCUUUGAAGGCUAUGAGAAUAACCCAGAGAAGAAUUCAGAAGUGCAAUGUGGAGACUUUUACAAUAGUGGGGACCUAGCGAAGAUGGAUUCCGAGGGCUACAUCUGGUUCAAGGGGCGGGGAGACGAUAUCAUCAAUGCUUCCGGGUACCGCAUUGGACCGUCGGAGGUGGAGAAUGCCUUGGCUGAGCACCCAGCGGUGGCAGAGUCUGCGGUAGUGAGCAGCCCGGACCCAAGGCGAGGGGAGGUGGUAAAGGCUUUCGUGGUCCUGACUCCCAAGUUCCAGUCCCACGACCAGGAACAGCUCACCAAGGAGCUCCAGCAGCAUGUGAAGUUGGUGACCGCGCCCUACAAGUACCCCAGGAAGGUGGAGUUUGUUCCAGAGCUUCCCAAAACUGUCACUGGGAAAAUUAGACGAAGUGAACUCAGGAGAAAGGAGUAUGGCCUGAAGUAGUCAAGAAUAAACCUACCAUUUGUCCUGGGACCUGAAUUCCAAUCCAUGGCUGCCUUCAUUUCCCACUAUGGGGCCAGGGUGAGAUGGGCUUUGGCAAGAGUUGGUUAGAAGGGUCCCCCAAAAUGUUGUUCCUUCCCAUUGAGUCCCUACUUUUCUUGGAUGUCCUAUAGUCUUUCGGAUAGUCCUGAUCAGCACUUGGAUUGGGAUGUGCAGAUAAAUAAAAGACUGACCGUAAUG